AUGCUGGUGGUGGGGCCCGGUGCGGAGCGGAGCGGCAGCAGAGCCGCUUUGGCCAAGCUGGACAAUGACAGGGCGGGCGAUGGAGGGGCAGCCUCCUGCUGUGGCACAAAACCUUCUAUUAUUCCCGCAACACCAACUUUGGUUGUGAAUAGUGGGGAAGAAUUAAAGUUGUUGUGUAAUGAUGAUGGCCCGGUGACAUGGGAUUUUCAGAACGCGGACCCAUCGGGAAUGCCAAAGAGUUCAGGAAAAAAGGAGCUAUUCAUACCUAAUGCAAGAGCCAGAGACACAGGAACAUACAUAUGCAAAAACAAAGAGAGCUUGAACAGCUCCAUUUAUGUUUUUGUUAAAGACCCGCAGCACCUGUUCCUUUUUGAGAGCUCUGUCUUCGCAAACGAAGAUGAUGAUGGUCUUAUUCCUUGUGCAGUGACUGAUCCAGAUGUUUCAAACUUCACUUUGAAGAAAUGUGGUGGAAAACCUCUGCCUGAGAAUAUGGUGAUAAUUCCAGAUCCUCAGAAAGGAAUUACAGUAAAAAACGUGCAGAGGUCGUUUCAUGGCUGUUACCAGUGUGUGGUGCUGCAAAAUGGAGUUGAGAGAAUGUCAGGACAAAUUUUCCUUAUUGUGAGAGCAGUUCACAAAUCCCUUCCAGCCAUCACCUUAUCCAAAGCAAACCAGCUUCUCAAAGAAGGUGAAGAAUUUAAAGUUACGUGUACAAUCAGGGACGUAGAUAGCACUCUGCAAGCUGAUUGGAUUUUUCAAAGCAAAGCGAAUGUUUCAAGAAAAAGCAAGAAUAUAGGUAAUUUUGAAUAUGAACAAAAAUUAACGUUGAACAUCCGUUCAGUGGGAGUGAAUGAUUCUGGAGUGUUCCUGUGCCAAGGAAGAAACCAUUUCGGAACAUCCAAUGCCACUAUAACCUUGAAAGUACUAGGUAAAGGAUAUGUCAGUUUAUCAGCUACAACAAACACAACGGUAAAUGUCAAUGAUGGAGAAAAUCUGGAUUUAGCAGUGGUGUAUGAAGCAUAUCCAAAACCAGAGGAAGAAGUAUGGAUGUAUAUGAAUGAAACUCUGCAAAAUUCAUCUGACCAUUAUGUCCAAAUCACCAGUAUAGACAAAAUCAGAUAUUCCAGCAAGCUUCACCUUACUCGACUGAAGGGAACAGAAGGAGGUGUUUACACGUUUUUGGUGUCUAAUUCAGAUGCCACCUCGUCUGUAGCAUUUAAUGUCUAUGUGAACACCAAACCAGAGAUUCUCUCUUUGGACAGGCUUAGCAAUGGCAUGUUCCACUGUGUAGCAGCUGGGUAUCCUGCACCUACAAUAGACUGGUACUUCUGCCCGCCAGCUGAGCCAAGGUGUUCAGAUUCAGCCAAAAUAUCUCCAGUGGAUGUGAAGCCCAAUCAUAGCACUUCCCCCCUCCCUUCUUUUGGAAGGAUAGUGGUCGCAAGCACCCUGGAUGCCAGCCGGUUCAAGAACAACGGCACCAUCAAAUGCGAUGCUUCCAAUGACGUUGCCAGCAGCUCUAAUUUUUUCAACUUUGCCAUUAAAGAACAAAUCAGUACCCACACCCUUUUCACUCCUUUGUUGAUUGGCUUUGGGGUAGCAGCAGGAACAAUGUGCAUCACCGUUAUGGUUCUUAUGUACAAAUAUCUCCAGAAACCCAAGUAUGAAGUUCAGUGGAAAGUGGUUGACGAAAUAAAUGGAAACAACUACGUUUACAUAGACCCUACGCAACUGCCAUAUGACGACAAGUGGGAGUUUCCUAGGAACCGGCUAAGCUUUGGCAAAAUUCUUGGAGCCGGAGCUUUUGGGAAAGUCGUCGAAGCCACUGCCUAUGGUCUGUCCAAACCAGAUGGGGCAAUCAGAGUUGCUGUAAAAAUGCUCAAACCCAGUGCCCAUUUCACUGAAAAAGAAGCCUUGAUGUCAGAACUGAAAGUGUUAAGUUACCUUGGCAACCACAUCAACAUUGUGAAUCUGCUUGGAGCUUGCACUGUUGGAGGUCCCACUUUGGUCAUCACGGAAUACUGCUGCUAUGGUGACCUUUUGAAUUUUCUGAGAAGGAAACGUGAUUCCUUUAUUUUUCCCAAGCACGAAGAGACAGCUGUUUACAAGAACCUGCUUUAUCAAAACGAACGCAUGUGCGAUGGCAUCAAUGAAUACAUGGACAUGAAACCGGGAGUUUCUCAGAUCAUCCAUGCCAAAACAACCUCAAGACAUCCAGGGAGGCCAGGAUCACUUGCUAAUCAGGACAUCACUGUAGCCAUUUUAGAAGAUGAUGAACUGGCUCUGGAUAUUGAAGAUCUGAUAAGUUUUUCUCACCAAGUUGCAAUGGGCAUGAGCUUCCUUGCCUCUAAAAAUUGCAUUCAUAGGGACCUGGCAGCAAGGAACAUUCUCCUUACUCACGGUCGCAUAACAAAGAUCUGUGACUUUGGCCUGGCAAGAGACAUCAGGAAUGACUCAAAUUACGUGGUCAAAGGAAAUCCCUCUGAGCUGUAUGAGAUAAUGAAGAGUUGCUGGGAUGUGGAUCCUGUAAAGAGGCCCACCUUUAAGCAAAUUGUACAGCUGAUUGAACAGCAGAUUUCAGAUACCACAAACCAUACUUAUUCAAAUGUUACAAGUAACAUUUGCAGUCAGGCUAAUGGCACCGAUCACUCAGUGCGAAUUAACUCGGUGGGCAGCAACGCUUCAUCGAAUCAGUCCCUACUCAUGCAUGAGGAAGCCUGAAGACCAACUCUGCUAGCCUGAAUGGAGAAUCUACUGUUAACUUUUACGUAUUUCGACAGAAUGACUACUUGUUGUUCUCAUUUUAUAUACUACUCAACCAAGGAUAGAAGGAAUACCGUAGUACUUUUCUUUCUCUCUGUGUUUUAAUUUUAAAUCACAGCCUGCUUAGAAACAAAAGCAGAUCUGCCCACCAUAGUUAUAGUGUCGUUG